UCCUGACUACACGACAAUCUAAUGCACGGGUACCAAAUUUAAUUUUCCAAAAUCUCUUUUCUCCUCUACACGACUAAUCAAAUCCAUUCAUACCCUGCUUUUCCCCAAAGCUUUCUUGAAACCAUAACAAUUACUGCAAAAAGUUGUUUUUCGGCUGCAAGCAUGAGGCUUCACACACGCUACCGAGUUGAUUUUUUUCCUGCACACACAAUCCUACAAAUAUCUCUGACUCUUUCCACAACAAAUACAUUCAUUUCUUCUCCAUCUCUCUACGCAAAAAAGCAAACGGAGCUUCACUAUGGCAAGACCCUGUGCGAGUUUGAAGGAAAUCAAUGAAAGUAAGGAACUCUGGAAAAUCGCGGUCAGAAUCCAUCACAAAUGGACAGUUUUGUCGAAGACCAAAGAGCACUUCGAAAUGAUUCUGGUCGAUAAAGAGGGUACUGAUAUUCACUGCAGAGUACCAAGUGCGCUUAAACAUACUUAUGAUUCUGUUUUAACGGUUAAGAACACAUAUACCAUCUCAAAUUUCCAAGUUACUUUGAAUGAUCUUAUGUUCAAGCCUUCCCAGCAUAAAUAUAUCCUAACUUUCACCGGUGGUACUUCUGUUUCUGACAAGAACAAACACGACAUACCACAAAAACCACUUAUCUUCACUCCUUUUGGUGAUAUUCUUACCAGCAAAGGGAAUAGGGAUGUGUUGAUUGAUAUCAUAGGAAUCGUUGUGGAAAUUGGAUACACCCAGAUUCACAAUUCUAACAAAAAGCAGCAGAUCAAUUUGGUCCUCAAGGAUUUGGGAAACAACAUCCUUAAUUGUACAUUGUGGGAAAGUUAUGCGGUCCAAUUUCAUGAUUUCUAUAGUUCAAGAAAAGAUUUCACAAUACCAACGGUAAUUGUUUUGCAGUUUGCCAGAGUCAAAGAGGAAGGCAAAUAUCCUUUAUGUGUUUCCAACACAUUCAACGUUACCAAAUUGCACAUCAACGAUGAUCUCCCUGAAAUUCAGAACUUCUUAAAGAGCAUCCCUAAACUGCCAAUGGGCGAAAUAUCAUCCGAAGGUAUUGGUGCCAUUUCACAGCAUUCACAAACAAGCGGCACUACUCACCUUAGCCCUUAUGACAAGUUCAUGUAUAAGGCUAUAUUACUCCCUCUGCGUGAAAUUGUCAACCUAAAAUCCGUUACUCAGUGUAUAACUGUGGCAAAAACUACCAGACUCAAGGCUGCACCUGGUGGAUGGUAUUACAAAGCUUGCCAUGCAUGUACAAUGGUUGCUAAGGGUAAUCAACCACCAUAUGUUUGUGGAAAAGGACAUCAGACAGAGACUGAAAUUUACCGGUAUAAAAUUCUUAUUGAUGUCGUGCACGAAGGGUGUGAAACUACUUUUGUUCUAUGGGACCGCGAAUGUUUGCAGCUGUUGGAAAUUACUUCGGCACAAAUGCGGAGCACCUUGCUUGAGGCUGGGAUCUCUGACCCCCUUGAAUUUCCUUUAGCACUUGAUGCUUUGGUCGGACUAGAUUUGGCAUUUAAGGUCAAGUGGCAGCCUUCAUGGAACAAUGCAACUGUCGUAUCCAUCUACGAAGAUAAAGCUGUGAUCAAAGAACUAGAAAAAUUAAUGCCUCAGCCAUUGGCACCAUCUCCAUCUCCCGCAACACCAAAGAAACUGCAGAUUACUGAAAGUGUGAAUGAUGCUUUGCCAAUUGACGACUGGAAUGUGGUUGAUGAGCAAGACGUAACCUCCGAUCAGAUCAUGUUGACACCUACCCCAAGUGCAACCUCCAAAACUGAUGCCCCAGGAAUAUCUACCGAGCACAGCCCUCUGCCAGCUACAACAUCUGUGGCCUCCAAAAGAUUUGCGCCCCAAGGAUCUUUUGAUCUCACAUUGGCUAAUGGUCUCUGUGACGAACAAGGUUCUACAACAAAAUUGAAGAAAAUCAUCAAGUUGGAAAACAGUCCUCAAAAAAACAUUCAACCUUAGACUAGGAACUCUAUCUAUAUAUUUUGCUUUUUAAGUUCAUUUUCUACCUGCCUGUUUUCAGCCACUACUGCAUACUAUGCUGUUUUUGUUAAGAUUUCCUUAAGACCUUAUAUUCCAAUUUAUUUAACAAUGGGCUUAUCAUAGUCUUUUUUGUAUAAUCAAUAUUACUGCUAUCGUUGCACUAACUAAGUAAUAUACAUGUAAUCAAUGGUUACUCUUAUUCAUGACUACAAUAUCAUUCUAAUGUUCUAAAAUGAUGUCUACAAUUUAAUAUACUGGUAUUCAAUGGUUACUCUU